AUUCAUAAGUCACUUAACUUAGAGCACAGUCUCGAACACCACCCAGCUCCAGAGAUGAAUAACCAAACAGUAACCUACGCAGAACUGAAUUUGGCCAAAUAUGCAAAGAGACAGCAAAUGAAACCUAAGGGCACUAACAGCUCCAUUCUAGUAUCUGAGCAGGAAAUAACAUAUGCAGAAUUAAAUCUUCAAAAUGCUUCUCAGGAUCUUCAAAAGAAUGACAAGAAUGACCAUGGCAAAGUUUGCCCAUCACCUCCAGAGAAGCUCAUGGCUGGGGUCCUAGGGAUCAUCUGCCUUGUCUUGAUGCUCACUGUGGUGACGAUAGCUGUUAUUCCCUCUACUAUAAUACUGGAGCAGAACAACUCUUCCCUGAAUACAAAGAUCCAGAAAGCAAAUCAUUGUGGUCAUUGUCCAAAGGAGUGGCUUACAUAUUCCAACAAUUGCUAUUAUAUUAGUACUGAAAAUAAAGCAUGGAAUGAGAGUUUGCUGUCCUGUACUACUAAGAACUCUAAGCUGCUUUAUAUAGAUAAUGAAGAAGAAAUGAAAUUUCUGAAUUCCAUAUCACCUCCAUUAUGGAUUGGAGUCUAUCGCAACGGUAGUGAUCAUCCUUGGAUGUUGACAAAUGGUUCAGCUUUCAAAAAAAAGAUAUCAGACUCAUCAUCUGGUAAUGAUCACUGUGCCCUGCUAAUCUCAAAUGGCUUCUCAUCAAGCAUUUGUGAAUCUCAAAAAAUGUAUAGUUGCAAGCAUAAGCUUUACCAUGAAAACACCUGAGUUUGGAUUC